GCCGUCAGACGGGUAGAUCAUGCGUUCUGGACCGUCCGUCUCAGCUGACUGAGAGGGGAGGUAACGGGUGGCCGCUGGCCCGGCCCGGCCCGGGACUCUCUUCAGGGAGUCUGCAGAGGGGCUGCCGAAGGCCUUCAUUUGUCGAAGGAGAGGCGCUCAUCUCUUCGUCCUCGUCGUCGUUACGCCUCAGAUCUUUUGCAAUUUUCUUGCGGCUUUCGACUAUCUGCGCAGCGUUUGUUUUUUGCAGUCAUGUCGGGAAGACAAGGUGGAAAGUUGAAGCCUUUGAAGGCUCCCAAGAAGGGAGACAAAGACUACGAUGAGGCCGAUCUCGCUCACAUGCAAAAGAAGAAAGAGGAGGAGAAGGCUUUGAAGGAACUGAAAGCUAAGGCUUCAGGUAAAGGUACAUUUGGUGGUGCUGGGUUGAAAAAGAGCGGCAGUAGUGGGAAGAAAUGAGCUUCAAGCGUACUAUGACUUGAAUGAAGUCAUUACUGCACUCUUGGUGUUUCGAGACGGAGCUGUCCGCUCUGGAACAGAUUGAACAAAUUCAGUUUCCUCGGCCUGGCGACAAUUGAGCAGGGAAACAUAUGAUCCAGUCUAUGGGGUUUUGUACAGCUAGUUGUUUACGAUGUUGUGUGAACAUCAAUUCUCCAGCGGUUCUAAGAGUGGAUCGUUCACAGAGCGCCGAGAGCUUGGUGCCUCUUCCUCUUGGUCUGUGCAUUUCUUGGCAUCGAUUAGCAGGCUGCAUGUCGAUGUAGACUUGUUCGUGCCCAGAACUGUACCGUAUAUGUGACUACAUGGCCGGUAUAAACAUGAACGAUUAUCUUUUGCCACCCAUGUGGAAGUGAGCCUGUAACAAUAUCGUGAACAAUAUUACCUAAUUUUUCAUUCUCAUUUGCCUGCACGUCAGCUUCUGAGGU